AAAAAGAAAACAAUAUUAAUGAUACACAACGUUUAAUUCCAGAAGACGAACCCACGCUGGAAUCGGACCAGGAACCGGAGCUAUCGACGUGGUACACCGUCGAGUUGCAGUUUGAACCGACCAACAAAAAGCCCAACUGCCUCACGUUCCGCGACUACCGAUUCUCGCUGGUGCGCCGCACGCGUCGGGAUGGCUGCCAAGCGUGGCGCUGCGCUAGAAAAGGCUGCCCGGUGAGUUUGCUAACACGCGGCACCGACCUGCUGAUGUUCGAAAAGGCGAAACGCCACCCACAUGCCAGCUAUGAAACGCGACGGGAGUCGAAUUUUGAACUUCCAGCGCAAAUCCUCGAAUCCUCGGAAGCCCCGCUAGCGUCGGUCUGGUACAACGCCGGCCUGGAGUUCUUUACGAACGAGCGGGGCAGCAAAUGUGUGCGCUUCCGAAACCACGUUUACACCGGUAUGCGCUACUUUAAGGACAGCAAGCUGACCUACUGCUACUGCAGUGUGCCGAGGUGCCUGGCGAGCGCCAAAAUUGACAGCCGGAACAACAUCAAGUUUGACCCGCGCAAGCACCGACACCCGCAGGUGAAGGGCGUCAAAGCCGGGAAGGGCCAAAAAAAGCUUACUUUGAUGCCCACCGCCGCCGUGCAGGAGUUCGUUAAGGUUGAAAUGAAAGACGAUCCGGAACAUGUGGAAGUGAAAAAUGAACCUGUUGACUUGGAUCUGCUUUAAAAGAAUGGGCCGAUUCUCAAACCUUCACAAAAGCCAAAUCGUAACACUUGGUACACCGUAGAGUUCCAGAUUAUGGUAGACGAUGAAGGGAAAAUUUUUAUCACGUUUCGCAACAACAGAUUCUUCUUAAAGAGCGCUCUCAGCGAUGGCAGCAAAUGUUGGACUUGUUUCAUGCAAAACUGUUCGUUUCAAGUGCAAACGCGUGGCACAAAUCAACUCAAAGUCUCGGAUGCGAACCAUUACAAACACGCCAGCUAUGAGGUGUUUAAAAAUCGUAUUUUAAAUCCUCCGGUGUACCGCCUUGCAGAGAAUGAAAAUCCCAAACCGUCAACCUGGUACAACACAACCGAACUGCAGUUCUUCACGGACGAGACUGGGCGGAACCUGGUGCGCUUUCGCAACUUUGAAUACUUUUGGUUCUACGAUACCAAAAAUCCAGCUUCCUCAAAAUUCACUUGCAGAUGCCGCGUGCACAAGUGCACUGCAAGAGCCACGAUUGAUGGUCAAAACAAAAUCAGGUUUGGCCCCCGCGAACAUCGACACGGCCAUACGAAGAAAUUCAAGCAGCAGUGCUAUGAAGUGGUUAAAAAUCACAGUUUAGAUCUUCCGGUGCAACGUCUAGCAGAGAAUGAAGUUCCUAAACCGUCAAUCUGGUACAGCACAAAUGAACUGCAGUUCUUCACGAACCAGACUGGGCGGAAAAGGCUACGCUUUCGCAACUUUGAAUAUACGUGCUACGAUGCUAAUGAUAACGCUUCAUACAAAAUGUAUUGCAACUGUCACGUGCCAAAGUGCCCCGCAAGAGCUACAAUUGAUAAUCAAAACCACAUCAGAUUUGGCUAUCGCGAGCAUCGACACCGCAAGAAGGAAAAAGUGCCUGAUAUUUGGACCGCUACCACACUGGAUGUUGCACCGACUCAAGAAGAAAACGAAGAGAAGUGCCUACAAGUUAAAAAUGAACCCGUCGAUUUGGAUCUGUUGUGAAAUGACUCGAAAUACAGUUCUUGUUUGUUAUAAAUA